ACCCAAAGCCACUUUAUAAUCAUAAAAAAAUCAACAUAAUUUUAUCAUUAAUAAUAUUUCAAUUAUUUGUUGUUUUUUUUUUUUGAAAAAUAAACUGUUAUCAUAACCUCACUUGCUAAUAAUUAUUUGACAACAUACAGAUGACAGUUUGCUAGUGAUGUGUUGCGUCAGUUUUGUGAGGUUGUCAAGCAACCGUAUCAGCCAUAGUACAUACCUUGUGUGAAAGGUAUUCUCAUAAUUUGUUUAAUUUGAAUGAAUUGUUAUACUCGUUCUUUUGUAACAGCAGUAAUUUAUAAUUAAAUGUCCCAAAUGAAAAGUUCCAGUUCAGAGCGUACCAGUAUUCAUGAUAUGUUGAAAGAAACUUCGUCUAAUGACAAUAAGAACAACGUUGUUUCUUCUGUUGAAACAAAAUCUGUUUGUCCAUAUUCAAGAUCAGUACCAAGUAAUUUAAACACAUGUACUAGCUCACCUGCCAUUUUAACACCCACUACACCUAGCCAAAAUAAUGAUGCUGCAAUUUUAAAAACGUCUUCAAAGAUUGAAAAUCUUAAAAACUGGUCAAUAUCAACUUACAAAUGUACAAAACAACUAAUGUUUGAGAAACUAGGAAAAAGUUCAAGAACUGUUGAUGCAGAAUUAGAAGCCCAAAUAGAACAACUGAGAGAUACCCAACGCAAAUACUCUAAUAUAUUACGUCUAUCUAGAGCACUGACAACUCAUUUUUAUCAUGUUGUUCAAACUCAACAUGCUUUGGGUGAAGCAUUUUCUGAUUUAGCCCAGAAAUCUCCAGAAUUACAGGAAGAGUUCUUAUACAAUUCAGAAACUCAACGUAAUUUAACUAAAAAUGGAGAAACAUUACUAGGAGCCCUUAACUUUUUUACGUCCUCGAUGAAUACAUUAUGUAAUAAAACAAUGGAGGACACAUUACAAAGUAUAAGACAAUAUGAAGCAGCAAGAAUAGAAUAUGAUGCGUAUCGCACAGAUCUAGAAGCUUUAACAACUAAAAUAGAUGGAAGUGCAGAUUUGGAUGAUGCUCAGAAGAAUUUUGAAGUUCAUCGCCAAAACUUUAUGAAAUUAAGGAGUGAAGUAGCCAUUAAGAUGAAAUUUUUGGAUGAAAACAGGAUCAAAGUAAUGCAUAAACAGUUGCUUUUAUUUCACAAUGCUGUUUCUGCAUACUUCUCUGGAAAUCAAACUGCUUUAGAAGCUACUUUGAAACAAUUUAAUAUAAAAGUGAAAACACCAAACUCUUCUUUUCCAUCCUGGUUGGAACAUUAGUUUAUAGUAUUAUAAUUUUCUGUAUUCUAGUCAUUAAGAUUAUAGAGUUUUUUUAAUUAAUGUUUACGACUCAAAAUUUUAUUUCAUAAUUAGGAAAAAA